CUGCUAUGCUAUGCUAUGAAACAGGUUGUUAGCCCGUAGAGCUUACACACUGUUGAAGUAGUUAUAAACGCAGCAGCGUUGUGACAGGGAGCCUGACAACACGUGGAAGUCAGACAGAGUGAACAUGCGGAUAUGUGACUACAUAUAGGAAAAUCCGAAUAUGGACAAGGAGAGCAAACUGUCAUCUGCUGCCCUGCAGUCUCCUGACUUGAGGCAGCAGUGGAGACAGAGAAAGGAUCCUGCAGAGCCACACACAGCCUCAUCCCCACCUCUAAUGCUGCCAAAUCCUUAUGUGUCCGAACAGAGUUUAAGAGGGAACUGGUCGUCAGGUCAGAGCCAGAAGCAGAAUCCAUCAAAUACAAAUGGAGCAACAGCAGAGGGAAAAGUAGUAGGCGUGUCAAGAAUUCAUGGCUACAGCAGCAGCCGUCGAGUUAAAGACACCAGGGAGGAUGUCCUGCAGAGAGAAAGGUCCACACAGGAUGCACAAGCAAAGACAUCAAAAGGCAACAUUGGCUUCCCUGCGCAAGCCAGAUUUCUGGGCAAGAACUCACUGGAAGCCCAGAAAAAAGGUUUUAGAAGUGCCAGGUCUGCCCCAAACUCUGAAGGGAAGUCCAAACCAGCAAAGGAAGACUUGGCCCCAUUUGAAGUGAAGAUGACUGACUUCCCAGAGUUAGCUGGGGGUCCGAUGGGCAAACCGGGCCCUCCGAUUGCUUCAAGAGAAGGCUGGGGUCUAACUCCUCCUCCAACCCUGAGCCCACAAACACAAACAUCAGCAUCUUCAUGGAAGUCUGCCAGGAAAGAAUCCCCAACACAGACUGACCCCCGAAAAAUGUACACCAAUGCUAAGCCAGAUUCAUCAGCUAUGUCAACAGGUCAGCCUGAGGUAACCUCCUGGGCUAAUGUUGCCUCUCAGCCUCCAAAGAAACCUGUUCCUAAAGAGAAGACCAUCAACAGCAACCACAUGCAGACGGAAGAAAUGACUGCACAGCAGGAAGAGGGAGCUCCAGGGAAGAAAAAGAGAAAGAAAAAGAAGAAGAAGUCUAAAGGUGCUGGUGAAGAUGCAGAAGCUGAGGCCGAAGAGCCAGCAAUGUAUCAGGCACCUCCCAAAUUUGAGGAUGAGGAAGAGUUCCCAGGCUUGACUCCUGCUCUGACUGGGGCAGAUAGAUUGACAACCAGCAGCUAUGCAGCAAAACUAUGCAAUGAGGAAAACCAAAGAGAAAUUGUUCAGCAUCAGUCUGCUGACCAAACCAAGGAAAAAUCAGCUGCUGGAAAAUCUCAGCCAACAGAGACAUCUAAGAAAGGACAGAAAGCUGAAAAGGUGUCUGGGAAGAAAAGCAAAGUUCCUGUUCAGCUGGACAUCGGAAACAUGUUGGCCGCUUUGGAAAAGAGGCAAUCUCAAAAGGUCAAGCAGGACGCCAAACCACUCGUUCUCUCAGUUGGUGGAGGACUACCAGUUGUCCAGAAGCAACCAUUAGUCCAGAAAAAGCCUCCCUGGCAGCAGGAUAAAAUUGCACACAAUCCCCUGGAUUCCACCAGCCCUUUGGUGAAGAAAGGAAAGCAGAGAGAGGUGCCAAAAGCCAAGAAACCCACUCCUCUUAAAAAGGUCAUUUUAAAAGAAAGAGAGGAGAGGAAACAAAAGCGUUUGCUGGAGGAGAGAGGGCUGCUGCCGGAAAAUGAGUUAAAACCUACCAGUGAUGCAGAAAAAGAAGAGCAGUGUGACACAAAUGUACCAGGUGAGCUCCGGAGUCCUACACCUACAGAAGAACUUGAAGAUCAGUCAGAGAUGAACUGCACAAGCCAAAUGGUGAAAGAGGGCGAUGAAGAGGAGGAGAAAGAGGAGAUUGUAGAGCAACAACCCAUCUCACCUGUGCCCUGCCAACCCAGUCGACCCAAAAUCCACAGCAGGAAGUUCAGAGACUAUUGCAACCAGAUGCUGAGCAAAACCGUGGAUGAGUGUGUAACGACUCUGCUGAAGGAGCUGGUUCGAUUCCAGGACCGCCUUUACCAGAAGGACCCCAUGAAGGCCCGCAUGAAAAGACGCAUUGUGAUGGGGCUCAGAGAAGUCCUGAAGCACCUCAAACUCAGGAAGGUCAAGUGUGUCGUCAUCUCACCCAACUGUGAACGCAUCCAGUCCAAAGGCGGCCUGGACGAGGCUCUUUACACCAUCAUCGACACUUGUCGUGAACAAGGGGUGCCGUUUGUGUUUGCCCUCUCCAGGAAAGCUUUGGGUCGCUGCGUCAACAAGGCAGUGCCUGUCAGCCUGGUGGGCAUCUUCAACUAUGAUGGUGCACAGGACUUCUAUCAUAAGAUGAUAGAGUUGUCGUCUGAGGCCAGGAAAGCCUAUGAGACGAUGGUGUCAAGCCUGGAGCAGACAGGCCAGGAAGAGGCAGAGGAGGCAGGGAACAAUGAGGAAGAGCUGCAGAUCAGCAGCCCGGCUGAGGAGGCGGAGCCCAGUCCUGACCCCACACAGCCAGAGGAGCCGGAGUACAUGAAAAUUUGGAAGAAAAUGUUGGAGAAGGAUUGCAACCACACAUUUCUGAACUUUGAAGAGCAGCUAAGCACCAAGCGCGUAGACAGUGAAUGUACAGAAAACACUGAAGAAGAUGAGAAGAGUUGACAGUGGCCAAUCUCUCUGUGCCUAAACAAAUAAUGAACUUAAUCGUGCUGAUUAUAUGUUUGGAAGAAACUUGGAUGGGAUAAUCCAACAUGCAGAAAAGGAUUCAUGCAAGCCGUUCUGCUUCAGUGAUUCAUCUCAACCUUAGGAUUUUGUCAGGAAGUUAAUCAUUUUGGUAAAGUUGCAAUGAAUGUCUUAUUUUCUUUUAGAAAAUCUUAAGUAAUAUUUUAGUUUUGAGCUGAAGAUAAUCAGGCAGAGCAGUGUAUGUUAGAGUUUGUGUGGGUUAGAAACUGGAGAGGAUUAAUCACUGACUUUAUAGGACCAAACCACUCACUUGAAGAAAUCCCACAAUAUGAAUUUUGAACCAUGUGGUCUGUGAUCAGAGUAGAGGACGUAAAGGGGUUUAUGUACCGUGUGUAGAAAAUCAACCAGUUACACAGUACAAAGAAAUGACCAGUGGUGACUUCUGCCCUGAAACCAUUAUGGUGCUUUUUGACCUCUUGUCAAUUCAGUUUAAAGUAUAUCCUGUCUGCGAUUAUUCAGGGACAUUAGAGUUAGAACAGGAAAUGUAGAAAUGAACAAGGUGAAUGACAUGCUACGAAAGUGCCCUGCCAAACGCAAACUGAAAUAGGGCUUAAAUAAAGUCAAAUAAGAUUUACAACUUGUGAAAUGGGAGGAGGAAACUAAAUACGAUAUUCAAGCUUUUGAAUUCAAAUAUAAUGUUUCUUGUUAGGAAAAUAUAUUGAGAAACUCAAUGCAUCCACCCUGUACAUGACACUGAAGUUGUCACCUUUUAUAGUAUACUGUUUUUGCUUUUAGUAUAAAAACAACAGCAUAUUAAACCAAUAUACACUAACAAUACAUUAUAACAAAGAUGAAACUUAAAAAAAGCCACACUUUUAGGUUUCAGAUUUCCUUUGUGCACUGCGUUGAUGGGGAAGUGUUGGAUGUGGAUUCAGUGUCACACACUGUGGGAAGUUGGAGCACUGAGUUUCUCACACAGUCUGUACUCAUUAUUAUUUGUUCUUAUUGUUUGUGUUCCCUCCCAUUGAUGAAAUACGUGGAAUCAUCUAUUUACCCAUUUUCAAAAUAAUUACACAUUUUCCUGUACAUUUUUGCACAGAUUUUUACAGGUUUACAAAGCGUCUAAUUUAUUUUCAUUUCACAAGCUCAAAAUCCUAUUGAUCUUAGAUCAUCCAUCUUUGAGUCCAAAGUGCCCCUUCUUGCAUAGGAAUGAAAAUGCACUACAUAGUAGAGCCUGUAUUUUUAGUUGUUCCCUCGUUUGUAGAACUACCUGUGAUUAGGUGUGAAUGGCAGCAUAUGAUAAUGUUAAGGAACAUUACAAGCUGUUCAUUUAAUUUAAAUGGUUGUUUUGUGAGUUAUCUUUGAACCCACAUAGUAAGGAAUUAUACAAUUAUAAAAUAGCCUAAUGAUACAACAGGAAGAAUCCCAAAGUGAUAGGUGUCAAUCACGCUUUGAAAAAAGCAAUAAAUGGCAACAUUUGAAAUUUUAAAACUAAUUUAAAUUAGUUCAAUUUCAGAGGACUCAGAUGAACACUGUACAGAAGAGAAUACUUACAUUGUGACUUAUGAAUAUUGAGAAAUAAUUAAUAUGUUUAAAUUGUGAAAGAAGAUGUAAUGUCAACUUGUUUCUAAAAUGUCUUAAACAAUUUUCAGGGAACAGCAGAAAGACUUUCCUUAGGAAGUUGCCUCAACAUUUUGAAUGAAUCUUAGACUACAGCCACCAGCUGCUCAGAUCAAGCAUCAUGGGAGUGAGCACAGCCUUUAAAGCUUCAUAACUAACACAUAAUGUCUUCAUUUGCUUUGUCAUUGCAAACUGUCGUGUAAAGAUGAACAUGAACCGGUUUAUGGUUUUGUGGGCUCUGACUAUUUCUUGGCUCUAAGGAAUUACAAAUGAAAGAAAAGUGAAAUAGCCCUAGGGAAAAGACUACCUGUAAAGUGGCAAAGUUCUGUGGUGGUGAGAGACCAAACUGUGAUUCAAUGGGAAUUUAAAACUGCAUGAAGAUUUUAACCAAUUCCAGUGGGAUGAAAACUAAUGUGAAAGUAUACAUUCUCAAGGAAAGGGUGGGUAUGGAAAACAUUUCCUGUGAGUAUCAAGAUACAAGCAAUAUCUUUUCUUUUAUAGAUUUGUCAGUCCCAUGUAAAACAGGAAAUAAAAAUUCAGGUUAUAGUUGAUACAUUUUUUUUUAAAUUCAAGCUGAAUUGUACGGUGUCAAUUGAAUUGAAUAAAUGCAGUGUUUACUAAAAGUUAGUGGGGGUCAUUAAUAAACAUGAGUAAGAGAAGUGGACCGAGUACGCUUUCCUGAGGAAUCCCCAAACUCGGAGAGAGUCUUCUAAAAGUUCUAAAAGUUUAAAAUGAAAAAGAUAUAGAACAUUCUUUUGAUAUUUUUUGAUAUUUUAAUUAUGUGUCAUGUGUAAGAGUAAAUAGUUGAACUCUUGACUUAAAUAAAGAAUCUUGGAAAUGUU